ACUGCAAAAUUCGAGUUGACGAUGGAUCCCUCCGAGUGGCACGCGCUGGGCGAGGCCCAGUACCAGCGCCACCACCUCUUCGACAUGGGCGCGUCGUGGCGCGAGGAGGUGGCGUCUGUCGGCGACCUCAAGGACUUUGAUGUCGUGCCGGCGCAGUACGGCGGUCCCGUCGCGCUGCUCCGCAAGUCGCAGCUGCUCGUGAAAAUGGACGCCAAAGGGUCUCUGAGUCGGACGCUCUUUAUCUUCAACGCGUGCGGUAGCCGCCUCGCAUCCAUCUCGUUCAAGGAGUACGACGAGAAGAAGAAGACGCUCCUCGGCAUGGCGUGGACGGACGAGAUGCGCCUCUUGUGCGUCUUUGACGACGGGCUCUGCGUCACGUACAGCAUCAUGGGCGAGCUCGAAAACUCGUUCAACAUUGUGUCGCGCAACCUCAACACGAAGAUCUGGAGCUUCGAGUCGUGGGGCGGCGGCAUCGCCUGUCUCCUCGGCAACUACAUGGUCGUGCAGGUCAUGGACAUUGACUCGGUCUCGCCGCGCAUCGACCUCAUCAUGGAGACGGGCAUUUCCGAGGCGAACCCGCCGACAUGCAUGGCGGUGCUCCACCCGCGCUUCGUCAAGACCAGCAUGCCCGAGAUCUUCCUCGGCACGUCGGCCAAGUCGCUCGUCGUGCUCUCCAAGCUGCCGGGCAGCAACAAGGACUCGAUGACGGAUAUGCACCUCGAAGAGUCGAUCAAGGCGCCGAUCGAAGCGAUUGCGAUCGCGCCCAAUGGCAUGUUUAUGGCCAUGUACACCCAAGACGGCGUCCUCACCGUGCUCAACACCAAUUUUGACAAGAAGAUUCUCGAGUUUGAGACAUCGUCGAAAGCAACGCCAAAGAGCAUGCUCUGGUGCGGCGAAGACUCGGUCGUGCUCUACUGGCAAAACGUCGGCCUCAUCAUGGUCGGGCCGCUCGGGUCCUGGCUCAAAUUUCCGUGCGACGGCCCUGUCGAGCUCUGCCAAGAAGUCGACUCGUGCCGCCUCUACAGCAGCCGCGGCCACGAGCUCCUCAUGCGCGUCCCGAAAGCCACAGAAAGUAUCAAGCGCAUUGGCAGCACGUCGCCGGCUGCGAUGCUCUUUGACGCGCUCGAUGCGUUCGACUCGGGCGACGCCAAAGCCGACGAGAACAUUCGGUCGAUCCAAGUGCACAAGACGUUGGAGCAAGCGAUCACCGACUGCAUCCACGCGGCCGGCAACGAGUUUGAUUAUGCGGCGCAGCUUUCGCUCCUUCGCGCGGCGGCGUACGGCAAGUGCUUCUUCGACAACAGCGCCGACGCGCGCAGCUCGGGCUACGAUUCCGAGCUCUUUGUCGACAUGAGCCGCAAGCUGCGCGUGCUCAACGCGCUCCGCAAGCCGUCUGUGGGUCUCCCACUGACGCUCCGGCAGUUUGACCGGCUCACGAGCGACGUGGUCGUGUCUCGCCUCGUGGCCAUGCGCCAGCACUACCUCGCAAUCAAGAUUUGCGAGUACCUCAAGAUCUCGCCAGACCGCGUCCUCGUCCACUGGGCGUGCGAGAAGGUCAAGGCCUCGUUUGGGGACGCACCCAUGACGGACGAAGCCGUCGUGUCGCUUGUCCGGAAGAAGCUCAAGGACGCGACGCUUGUCUCGUACUCGGAGAUUGCGAGCUGCGCCGAGCGCGCGGGUCGUCGCCGCCUCGCCACGAUGCUCUUGGACUUGGAAGAAAACGCGUCGGACCAAGUCCCGCUCUUGCUCUCCAUGGGCGAGUGCGAGCUCGCACUGCGCAAGGCGCUCGAGUCGAGCCAGACGGACCUCAUCUACAUGGCACUCUUCCACAUGGAGCGGCUUGUACCGACCGACGACUUUCGCCGCGUGCUCCAGUCGGAGCCCAUGUACGCGGAUGCGAUCCACCUCAUUACGUCCUACUACAUUGGCACGGGCGAGGCGCGCGACAAACUCGAUGCGAUUUGGCCCGACAUGGCGAGCGCCAAUUACGACGUGCUGCAGUCGUUCCAGAUGAUAGACGUGGACGCGAAGCUCAAGGUGCUCAAGGACGCGAUGGCCAAGUUCAACGUCGCCAAGCUUCCGAUCAACGCCAAGCUCACCGAAGAGCAGAUGGACCUCCUCGUCGAGCAGAAGAAGCUCGAUGAAAAGGCAGCGCCGCACAUGACAACCUCGUUCGUUGGGCUUUCGCUCAGCGACACGAUCAAGCAGCUCUGCAUGGACGCCAAGCGGGAUCCCAAGUCGCUGCAACUCGCGGCCGGCCUCGCCAAGAAGUUCAAGGUCCCCGAGAAGCGGUUUUACCACGUCAAGAUCAAGGCGCUCGCCGAGACGCAGCAGUGGGACACCCUCCACAAGUUUUCCCAAGAGAAGAAGACGCCGCCGUGCGGCUUCAAGGCGUUUGCGGUCGCGUGCCUCCGCGAAGGCGAGAAGGGCCAAGCCGAGUCGUACGCAGCGCGCAUCACGCAGCCCGACGAGAAGUUUGAUACGUUUAUCCAUCUGCAAAUGUGGCUCGCGGCGCUCGAGCUCGCGGUCAAGCUCAAGGACCCGGAGAAGCUCUCGAUGGUGCGCAACAAUUGCCAGUCGCCCGACAUCCAGGCGCAGGUCGACCAGGCCGCGCAGCAGCUCGGCUUCAUCUAACUGUACGAAC